CGCUAAAACUAUUUUUGAAAAGUCGCACCCUCUCUUGAGCCGCAGAAAUGUGCAAAUAAUGUACUGCAUUUCGCUGCCAAGAAACCAAUAUUUAUUUUGCAACAUGUGCCCUCCCAAAACAUAUUUUGGCAGUGGCUUUUUUCGAAGACGCCAGUUUGCCUUCUGACGACGUACGAAACGGAGAUGAAGCGUGGCAUCGUGCAAAUUAUGGCUGGCCAGUGCGGCAACUCUAUUGGCGCCGAGUACUGGAAGCAGAUUGCCGCCGAACAUGGCAUCGACCUUCACGGCAAGCAAGUGGGUAGCGUGGAGCAACUGGGCAACGGUGCCUCCGUGUUCAGGUUGGCGCCUGACGUGGAGCGGCACAUCGCGCGAGCCAUCCUGGUCGACCUGGAGCCGGGGGUGGUGGAGGCGGUGCGGUCGGGGGCGGCAGGACAGCUCUUCCAGCCGGCUAACAUCGUCAAUGGGCAGAGCGGUGCCGGCAACAACUGGGCCAGGGGGCACUACACCGAGGGCGCUGAACUCGUCGAAAGCGUGCUCGAUGCUGCCAGGCACGAGGCUGAUGACUGCGAUGUGUUGCAGGGUUUCCAGUUGGUGCACUCGUUGGGCGGUGGCACCGGCUCUGGCUUAGGCACCCUGUUGAUCUCGAAGCUGAAGGAAGAAUACCCUGACCGAAUCUUCAACAGUUUCUCCGUUUCUCCAUCGGCUAAAGUGUCCGACAUCGUGGUCGAGCCAUAUAACGCUAUAUUCACCCUGUCCGAGCUGAUCGAGAACUCGGACGGCACCUUUUUGGUUGACAAUGACGCUCUUUACAACAUCUGCCACCGCACGUACGACAGAAUCAACCCCUCUUACGCGGACCUCAACGGCCUUGUAGCUCAAACGAUGGCUGGAAUCACCGCAUCGCUCAGAUUUCCAGGCCAGCUGAAUUCAGACUUGCGGAAACUUGCCAUUAAUCUAGUGCCGUUUCCACGCUUGCACUUUUACGUGUCCGGCUUUGCACCGCUGAUCCGUGCAGAGGAAGAAGAGUUCAGGUCGCGGUGCUCAGUGCGUGAGCUGAUGCACCAGCUGACCGUGGGCCGCAACUUUCUGGUCGACUGCGAUCCAAACCACGGUCGCUACCUAACGAUGGCGGCCAUGAUCAGGGGCGACUUCUCCAUGCAUGAGGUCGAGACGGAAUUUUCGUCCAUGCAGUUGAAGAACAGCGCCGCCUUUGUCCCGUGGGUGCCAAACAACGUGACCAUUUCCUCGUGUUCCAUACCACCGAUUGGCCAUGCAAGAUCUGCCACUGUGAUCGGAAACAACUCGGCCGUGGCGGAGGUUUUUCGGCGCCUGCUGCAACAGUUUGAGGCGAUGUUCGCCAAAAAGGCCUACCUGCACUGGUUCACCGGGGAGGGCAUGGACGUGCAGGAGUUUGUGGAGGCAGCCAAAAAUGUCCAAGACCUGGUGUCCGAGUACCAGCAAAGAGGGGAAAUGGACUUUGAUGACUGUGUUGACAACGGAAUUGUGGAGGAGGAGACAAUAGAAUGAGUUGAAUGUAAAACUGUCUUUUAAAUGACAGCAUUGAACCAUAACGUUUUUUUACUAUAUUUUGCUUGCCAGUGUGAAAUGAAUUAAAGUCAUAAAUAACUAAAAUUG